GACAGAGCAACAACGUUGAGACGGAAAAAAGCAAACGCUAAGCAUUAAUAAAUAUUAAACCAAAAAUCGUUUAAAGUCAAAUCUGUGCCAACUAAAAGACAAAUUUAACAGCUGAGAAAACUAGUUACAAGUGCCUGCAGCUCAUUUGCUGAAAUAGAGUAAGACAGCUGUGGUCUUGCUAGUUUUUCGCUUAAAAUUAAAAUAAAAACAGCAAACAGUGUACAAUUUUAUAUACAAAGCGAUACGAGAAAAACCAAAAGUUGCCAUAAACGUCGCUGAGUGAGGGGCCAAAGGUAAAAACCCGUGCAAUAAAAAUGACCGACAAUUAAUUACGCUGAAUUUAUAUACACACACACAUAUAAAAGCAAAUAGCAAAAGAUAAAUUUUCAAGGCGCAAAGCUUUUGCCGCGUACAAUUUAAAUAGCAGCGCUGUUAUCGAUUUAUCGAUCAAUUGCCUAACGAUUGCCAAUAUGAACAAUAUACGGCGUGUGUUUAGCAAUUUACAAGAUUUCUACAAUGACAUCAACGCAGCCACCCUAACUGGCGCCAUCGAUGUCAUUGUGGUGGAGCAAAAGGAUGGCGAGUUCCAAUGCUCACCAUUCCAUGUGCGCUUUGGCAAGCUGGGCGUGCUGCGCAGUCGUGAGAAGGUGGUGGACAUUGAGAUCAAUGGCGCACCCGUGGACAUACAGAUGAAGCUGGGUGACUCUGGCGAGGCGUUCUUUGUGGAGGAAUGCCCGGAAGACGAUGAUGAGGAGCUGCCACAGAACAUGGCCACCUCGCCCAUACCAAAGAGUUUUCUGCAAUCGCUUAACAAGGGCAACGAUACCAUGGAGGACAUCAGCCAUGCCGUCACCUCCGACAAAAGCGCUAGCGAAGAUAUGCAAAUACCAUUGCCCUUGCCGCGUCGCAAUUCCAUAGAUCUGUCCAAAGAGGAGCCCAAGGAGGUGGCCAACGAGGGCAGCAAGUUUGAGAAUCAAGUUUCGGACUACACCAAGCGCAGGCAUACAGACAAUACGCUGGAGCGGCGUCAUGUAAAUGACAAGCUGAAGGAGUAUACUACGCAAAAGAUACGCCAGGAGUGGGCAGUGCAUGAGGAGCAGUUCCAGGACUUGCUUGAGAAGGUGUCAAAGGCAGCGCCCAAGUCAGAAACUGAAGCUGAGCCCAUGCUGGUUGCCGAACCAGUGGCGGAGCCUGAGCCAGAGCCAGAAGCUGUGAAGACACCGCUGGUCAGCGAGUCCAUUAAGGAUGAUUCCAAGAGCAAAACCAAAAAGCGACGCAAGAAGUCGCAAAUGAAGAAGAAGAACAGCCAACGUAAGACUUCUUCGAGCAGCUCUGUAGGCAGCGCUGCUGGCAAUGAUGUGGACAAUGCGCUUAUUACAGCUUCCAGCACUGCUGUUAGCAAUAUUGAUGAAGGCGAUGCACCCGCCUCGCCCAACACCAAUUCCUCAUCCAAUGAUGAGCAGCCUACGGCAACGCUGUUGACGGCACAAAGCAACGCGCUGGCCAGCAGCAAUACGCCCACAACUACACAGCGCAUGGAUUUGGACAUACACUUCUUUAGCGACACUGAGAUCUCGUCGCCCACUAGCAUUGGCGGCGCUGGCGGCCGCCCCUCCACGCCCAUACAAAGCGACAGCGAGCUGGAGACUACAAUGCGUGGCCGUCAUGGCCAUGGCAACGAAAUGGAGAACAGCGCCUCCUGGAAAUGGGGCGAGCUGCCCACGCCCGAGCAGCCAAGCAGCACAACUGCUGAGGCGCAGCAACAGGAGCGCCAAUCCAUGCUAAGCAAUAUGUUCAGCUUUAUGAAGAGUGCCAAUAGACUGCGCAAGGAGGGCGCUAACAACAAGGCUGGCGAUAUUUAUUUGUCUGACUUGGAUGCAGGCAGUUUGGAUCCAGAGCUGGUGGCGCUAUACUUUCCCAAUAGCAAGCCCAAGGAGGCAAAGACAACGCACAGCGGCGAUGAGGAUCGCGAGAGCGGCAAUGGCACCAGUUUGCCACACUCGCCCAGCUCGCUGGAGGAGCAUCCCAAGAGCAUCUUUUCGCACUGCGAUGAUCAACAGAAUGAUGACAAAUUUGAAGGCGCUAUGUCCAUGUGCGGCAUGCAGGAACAUGGCGUGGCUCCCACCGAUGAGGAGUUUGAUCGUCAUGCGCUGCAUUAUGCAGAUGUAUGCAAGAAUCCCAAUUUGCUGUCAUCACCAAACUUAGUUGUACGUCUGAAUGGUAAAUACUACACCUGGACGGCUGCAUGCUCCAUAGUUAUGACAACGCUACUAUUUCGCAAGCCAUUAACCGAUGAUGCUUUGGAGCAGCUGGUUUUGCCUAGCGCGCGCAUGUCUGGCGAUGAUAAGCAGGAGCCACCACAUGCAACAGACACUGUGGGUCAAACCAAGCGCAGCUGGUGGAGCUGGCGUCGCUCGCAGGAGGCAGUGCCCAGUCAGAAUCCAGCGCUAAGCGCACACAAGCAAUCGAGCCCAGCUAAAGAUGAGAAAGAUGGCGAUCAAGCUGCUGCUGUUAGCACACAAACCUCGCGUCCCAAUUCGCCAGACAUAAGCGAACGCACGCUAAGCAAAAGCGACUCUUUGGUUAAUCCAGAGAACACCUCAGCUUUGGUGGAUAAUCUAGAAGAGCUUACCAUGAGCUCCAACAAAAGCGAUGAACCUAAGGAGCGCUACAAGAAGUCGCUGCGUUUGAGCUCAGCGUCCAUUAAAAAACUUAAUUUGAAGGAGGGCAUGAACGAAAUAGAAUUUAGCGUUACAACUGCCUAUCAGGGCACUACGCGUUGCAAGUGUUAUCUAUUCCGCUGGAAGCAUAACGACAAGGUGGUUAUAUCCGAUAUAGAUGGCACCAUUACCAAAUCCGAUGUGCUGGGACACAUUUUGCCCAUGGUGGGCAAGGACUGGGCGCAACUGGGCGUAGCGCAGCUAUUCUCCAAAAUAGAACAAAAUGGCUAUAAGCUAUUGUAUCUGUCGGCACGUGCCAUAGGUCAAUCUCGCGUUACACGCGAAUAUCUGCGCUCUAUACGCCAAGGCAAUGUUAUGCUGCCCGAUGGACCGCUGCUUUUAAAUCCUACUUCAUUGAUCUCUGCUUUCCAUCGCGAGGUGAUUGAGAAGAAGCCGGAGCAGUUUAAGAUUGCGUGUCUGUCGGACAUCAGAGAUCUAUUUCCGGAUAAGGAGCCAUUCUAUGCCGGCUACGGCAAUCGCAUUAAUGAUGUCUGGGCUUAUCGCGCCGUAGGCAUACCCAUCAUGCGCAUUUUUACAAUCAACACCAAGGGCGAGCUGAAGCAUGAAUUGACCCAAACAUUCCAAUCAUCUGGCUACAUCAAUCAGUCGCUUGAGGUCGAUGAAUACUUUCCACUGCUAACCCACAGCGAUGAGUACGAGUAUCGCACAGAUGUAUUCGAUGAGGACGAAUCGGAGAAUGAAUUACAAUUCAGCGAUGAUUACGAUCUAGAUGUCGGACUGGGAUCUGAUGAAGAAGAGUUUGAUGACAUUGACAAUGACAAUGAGAAUUUGGUUGUGCAGCGCUAUAAUGAAAUGAACCUAAUGAAUGUGGCGGCUAAAAAUGAAAUAUUAUUGAAUUCACCACCAAAGUGGCUAAACUAGUAGCAGACUUAACAGUUGAGGCAAUAGUAUAUGCAUUGUGAUAUGAAAAAAAAGGCUUAAAGCUAAGAUAUUAGUUUUUAAUGUAUUGUGGUAUAAAGUGUCUGCUCUCUGUAUAUACAAAUAUAUAUAGUUAGUCUUAGUCAUAAGUUUUAGCUAUUAUUGAAGCCUACUUUUAGGCGUGUUAAACAUAUUUGUGUCAAAUAAAAAAUAUAUACUG